CAGUCUCGCUACAGCGCGACUGGGCUGAGCAUACUAAUAAACUCGGGACUACCUUCUCACUCUCACAUUUCACCUAUUUUAAGCUUAACUAUUCCUUCCAAUAGUUUCGGAAAUUCUCCCACAGGUUGAACGUACUCCGUAAGGCAUCAGUUGAUGCAGUAAGUUAAUGCAUGCACUUGCUUGCUUCAAAUAUUUGGGCGUCCUAUAAUUCUGGCCUAUUAUUGGUAUUCAUACCUACGCGCAGUCUCGCGGUUGCGACUGGUUGAGCAUACCAAUUAACUCAGAACUACCUGCUCACCCCCACACACCUGCUCACCCCUACAGGCCUGUUUUAAUCUUUGUUAAUGUAGUCUUACAAUGACCAUUUAGUCAUAGUUUCCGAAGUUCUCCCGGAGUUAGAAGGUUCUAUCUAAAUCAUCAAAUAUUUGGCCAUUCGGUAAUUCUGACCUAUUGUAGUUGGUAUUCAUACCAAGUAAUUAACGUGCAAUGGUUUCUUAAUUGCAAGUAAGUAUUAUUGGAAACUCAGGGGUUUACAAGUGUUGAAAUAUUUUGUUAAAUAGAAAAUAAGUAUAAAUGGUAACUGGUUUAAUGUUAUAUAAUCAACAAAAUAUUAAUAUGUAAACUACUUUGGGAAGGUUUUCGAAAGAAAUAGCUGUAGGUAAGAGACGUUUUAAGACACGAUGCUUUACUCAUAAUAAUAUUAGUCUCUGAUAUCACUGUGUUGUGAACAGUCGCAAUAUCGCGCGCUACGUCUAGAUUGCUGUAAUGACACGUCAUGAUGAGCCCCGGAAGUUGCAAGCCAGACCGGGGGAGUGGGUGAGGCCAGUCAGCAACCUGGAGAUCUUCACAGCAGUAGCGGCGUUUCUUGGCACUGGCAAUACAGCUCAGGUGCUGUGGCUCUCCUCGUCUCAGCCCGUCACGCCUGAACAUGUUUUACUCUCGCUCUCAGUCAUCGCUAGGAAGAUACAUACUUUGCAGCUAUGCCUUACUUGGCGGUGGUUCCGGCCGUGGCUGCGACGAAUGGAGGACUUUGUGAUCGACUUCGACGUCGACACGGGCGACGCCAUGGCGGUAUACUACCAGCAGAUUCAAGCACCUUACAACAAUUCCCGGGGACCAUUGUGGCGGGCCAGGCUGGUCCCUCUGCCACAGCCGUCACCUGACCGCCAUGAGGCCGUCCUGGUGAUCACCGUCCAUCACGUCAUCACAGACGGGUUCACCAACAUGACCAUCUCCCGUGACUUGCUGGAGGUGCUGAACGCUGUCAUGACUGGACAGGAACACAACACGCCCACACGCCCUGUCAUACCUGCCAUCGCUGAUGAGCUGGUUAGUAUGAAAGACUGGAUAUACUGUCUCGGGGUGUUCUUUCCUGUAGCAUUCAAAGUAAUAGCCAAUAUCUUCAGUGGGAAAUGCUACAAUAUUAGUCUUCCACAACCAAGGACAAAAUUAGCAUUUACAAAGGUAGUACGUGAAGACUUCCCGGUUGAGACAACACAACAGCUUUUACAUUACUGCAAGGAAGCAAAUGUCAGCAUUCACUCGUGUAUCAUGGCAGCAGCUUACUUAGCACUUUUGCGCACUGCUCAGGAACAUUCCAAAGAACACAUAUAUAUGCUAAAAGUUGCAUUGAAUAACGCUGUAAACAUGCGUCGCUACUACCCUAGUGUUUACCAGGACUCUCUCGGGUGCCACGCAUCUGUAUGCAGGCAAGAAUUCGUCGUUCAUAGCAGUGAUGCAGAAAACAAAAGGAGCUUUUGGGCGUUUGCGAAGCGCAUGCAUGACGACCUCCACCACAGUUUAGAGGUUAGUAAGGCACCUAUUCGACACGCUCCGCUUGGAUGGUCACUGGCUGGUACUGAACCUAUUAACUUCUUGCUGACAAGCCUAGGAUACAAGAACUUAAUCAAUACCAACAUGACGUGCAGUAAUAUGGGCAAUCUCAAACACCUCUUGCCUGGUAAAUAUGGUGACGGCCCCGUGGAGAUCACCACCCUGCUGAGGUCCUCGGCCUCAGAGCUCGUUGGUAAUCCACUUCUGGUAACAUUUCAGACGUUUGAAGAGCGGUUACUGCUGUCGCUCGACUAUUACACCAAUCUUAUUACCGAAGAGGUCGCCAAAAUGUUCUUUUCGUGUUUAACAUGCUAUCUUGCAGAUAUAGCUCUCUGUGGCAAGAUUAACACCUUUAAGACAGAUAACACUACAAACGUAAAUAUCUGAGGCUAUGAACACAAUAAUAAUAAUAAUAAUAAUACACAGAGAGUUAUCACAUUAACGUGACUGCAUCACUAAGAAAUUCCGUAGUAGCCGUGAUGAGGAGUUUGAAUCUAUGUGGUGGGUGUUCCCACGCAUACGCUCUAGACGACUAGACCAUGACAUGGAUAAGGAUUACAACCUGAAGUUCUGCUGAACACACGAGGGUUUCCUGAAGCUUCCACUGAAGCCGGACCAAAAUUUUCACACAAUUCCCCAUGAACUGUGGCUCUGUCAUCUAGGAAUGUUCUACCUCUGACGCUCUGUGUAUUGAAAGAGGAACGUCAUCGGUAGAACAUUCCUAGAUGACAGAGCCAGAGUGUAUGGGAGGAUUGUGUGAAAAUCCUGGUCCGGCUUCAGUGGAAGCCUCGGGAAUCCUCCUGGUUUCAGCUGAACUCCAUUUUCCAAUCCCUUUGACCAUGUCGUGGCCUAGUUGUUUGGGGUGUGUGUCUAGAGAAUACAUAAUGCAUAGGUUCGAAUUCUCUUCACAGCUCCAACGAAUUUUCUCAUUGAUACAUCACAUUAGUGUGAUUUUGCUCUGUGUAAUAAUAAUAAUAAUAUUAAUAAUAACAACGCACAAAAAUCACAUAAUACCACGUAUUCAAUUUAAUUAAAGGACUAAUAUAAACUAAUCAUUCAUUGAACUUACAUACAAGAUUUCUGCGCCCUCAGCACUCUCAAUCAACAGGUUCCAAAUAUCUUCCGGCAGACAGUUCAUGCAACAUAGAUCUGGCUUCCAUAGGACUCAAAAUGCCUGUCAGUAAGCCAUCUCUCUUUGACAGUAACUCCUAAAAAAAUCCAAUUAUCCAGGAGAGGGUUCUGCCUGCUUUCUCUGCUGACUAGUUGUUCUAUUCUAUCCUGCAUACCUGCUUCACUCUUACAAAUGUCACUCAUUCUUAAGUUCUAUUUCCUGAUAAUCAAGUUCAUAUUUCUGGAAAAGCUGAAGUGGCCAGUGACAAGUAUGUGCCUAAAAAAGAACUGAUUAAGUUUGCUGGAUGGGUGAUUCCCGCCAGACAAAAGGAUAUUAUUUGUUUGUGAAUUAUUUCUUCACGUGUAGGUGUGAACAUGAGUCCUGCGAUGACCACUGAGAUGGUAUGUAAGACAAUAAAACUGACCAUAACAAAUAA